UGGAAUAGCGGGUACCGCAAGCGCGUGCAACUGUUGAUAUAUAUAUAUAUAUAUUGUUAAGCAUUACGGUUCGGGCGAAUUUUUUUUGUUCCACCACCGUACAGUGUUCUUCGAGUCCUUUCAGUAUUCGCGCCCACUCGUCUCCCGAAGGAAUAUUAGUGUAAUCGGUGGCGUAUAGUUUACGCGUCGUCACACAGUAUCAGACGAUUGUCGCCGAGAAGAAAACCUUAGCUACGCUACACAUACCAAAUAAAAUAAUAACUUUAUUUAUUAUAAUAUAUUAAAUUCGUUUGCGCCGGACCAAAGACUCGCAAUGUCUUUCUUUCAGGAGGAGAACGAUGAGUAUGAGGAUGUGAGCACUGUUAUGGUUCGAAACUCUCAUUUAGAUCUCAUGGAUCAAGAUAUAUUGUAUCAUUUGGCUCUAGGGAGUGGUUCACAUGACUUAAGAGCAAUGUUCGGCGAUGUUAAGUUUGUGUGUAUGGGUGGGACGCCGAAACGUAUGGAACAAUUUGCUUAUCGAUUGAUGGAAGAAAUAUCGUACAAAAUACCUACAGGUACCACGUUGCAAGACAUCAGUCGAUAUUCGUACAGAUACUCCAUGUACAAAGUUGGCCCCGUUUUAUGUAUAAGCCAUGGUAUGGGCAUGCCUUCUGUGGGAAUCCUUUUACACGAGACCAUCAAGCUGAUGUUCCACGCCAAAGUCGUAGAUCCUGUUUUCUUUAGGAUAGGUACAAGUGGUGGUAUUGGGCUGGAAGGCGGAACUGUGAUCAUUUCUGACGAGGCUGUGGAUGGAACUCUCCAACCACAUCUGGAAUUACAAAUUCUGGGCAAAACUGUGAAAAGAAGUUCGGUUCUUGAUAAAAAACUGCAGUGGGAGCUAAAAUCGCUAGCUGAACCAGAUGAUCCGUAUCCUACAGUGAUUGGCAAGACCGUAUGCACCAGUGACUUCUAUGAAGGUCAAGGACGUAUGGACGGAGCAUUUUGCGACUUCACCGAAGAAGAAAAAAUGGAAUACUUAGAAAAGUUAAAAUUUAAUGGUGUAAGGAACAUCGAGAUGGAAUCUUUAGCUUUCGCAGCACUCACGCACCAUGCGGGGAUUAAAGCAGCCGUGGUUUGUGUCACUCUUUUGGACCGGCUAAAAGGAGAUCAGAUCCACUACCCCAAAGAGGUGUUGGACGAAUGGCAGCAGAGACCCCAGAAACUAGUGUGCCGUUACAUAAAGAAAUACCUGUCAAAACGGGGUUUGAUAUUGAACAACCAUUGCGGGUCGGUGAACGUCAAGAGUCCCAGGAGGUUCAAGCUCGUCCAACAAGAAUCUGAAAGUUAUGACUAAAUCAAACAAUUCAAUACAAUACGCUUCCGGACGUAUGCCCCAACACGAUACGCCUAAAAUAUAAUAUUAAACUAUAACCGUUGACGAUACAAUACUACCUAUCUAUAUAUGAUAAUAUUUAUAUAAUUUACGCGGGUUUGUGUUUAACAAGGCUAUUUUAUUCCAAUUAUUUCUUCUUUUUUAAGACUUUUUCAUACUUAAUAUUAUAUUAUAUCUUUCUAUCAUACACCCAUAUAAUAUAAUACAUACCUAACCUACCAUUAAAUAUUAUAUUCUACGAUAUAUAUCUACCCCACUCUUUACAUAUUUUUUAACGUUUUGUAUAUUAACUAUUAUAUAUGUAUUAAGUUUAGCUUCUUUGUAAUAAAAACUUAGUGUACUAGUGAUAUUUUAACUGGUAGAAAACUAAAAGACCCACUUAUAUACGAUUUACAUGUUAUUGCAUACAACCGGGUUUUACUUAGGUAUAUAAAAUCUACUUGUUUGGUAUUUAAAUAUUAUAUAGGUACCUAGUUAGUUAUAGCUGGAUGAUUGUAUACUUGAAGUCUUCGAAAAAUAUUCCAUCUAAAAAUAAUUUACGUGUUUCAUUAUGAAAACCGCAUUUCAAACAACAAUUAUCGUUUAUGACGCCUUUGACUACAUUAUUAUUGCUCAAAAUUUGUUUGCACGUAAUUCCUAACACCAAUUAGUAGGCUACUAAAUGAUAUAAAUAAAACAAACCCCUUGUGUUAUGCACAUGCAAAAUUCGUAAUAAAUUUACUAAAUUUAGUCUAUAAACAAUAAUAUUAAUACAUUUUAACAAAUUUAGGUGCAAUCAAAAACUAAUUUUAGUAUGCUAACCAAGGUACUGUUAAAUAUACUGAUUAUUGUUAUACAAUUAUAGUGUAGUUAAAAUAAAUAUUUUUUAAUCAACGAUUUUGCAGAUCAUAAUAUCUUAUUGGACAUUUUUUCAAUGUAUAGGUAUUAUUUAUCAAAAUGACCUUCUUGUAUUAUCCAUUAGUUAGAGGUGAUUGUUCAGUAUAACCUCAUAUAUAAGAUCAUGUUAAUUAUUUUUCCUGUACAUUUUAUGUAAUUA